AUGCUGCCUACUCGAUUCCCAGAUUUCGGAUCAGGGCGCGCCACCUGUUCGACGGAAUGCACAAGAAGACAGCGGCGAGCGGCAAGUGUCACUUCGGCGACCUCACCGACGACCUCCUCCGGCACGUGCUGUCCUUUCUGCCUGCGGCUGAUGCUCUGCAGACUUGCGUGCUCGACACCCGAAGAUGAUAAUGAAGAAGAUGAUGAUAAUGACAUUGAGUAUGACCCACUAGUACUCGAUGUGCCUCUCAUCUCCCAGCACUUGAAGAUCCUACACCUUAAUCGGGUUGACCUAAAACGCUCCACUCUGAAUUUCUCGCGCUGCUCGGUAUUGGAGGAACUAGAGAUGCAAGAUUGCUACAUUGAUGCACGCAGGAUAUCUUCCAAAUCGCUAAAGCGUCUCUGCAUUACCGACUUUUGUUCCUUCCCUACGAAGUUUCACAUUCGGAUAUUUGCUCCGGGUCUUAUCUCACUGCAACUUGAUAAUUUUGAUGGCUUGACCCCUUCCCUUGAAUACAUGCCAUCUCUAGAAACAGCUUACAUUUGGCUUGACAAUGAUUGCUAUCAUUUGUGUCGUGGUAGCUGGCAGAACUAUGACCUUGAUGACUGCAGUUGUCAUGCUUAUCCCGUUGAUGAGGGUGUGCUUCUCCAUGGUUUGUCCAAUGCUGUUAAUUUGGAGUUGAUAGCUGAUAUUUACACUGACAUGUUUAUCUACAGCUGGGAUUUAAAAUACUGCCCAGUAUUUGACAAACUAGAGACCCUAUUAAUCAAUGAGUGGUUUACGACUAUUGACCUACUGUGCAUUCUCCAACACUCUCCAAUUCUUGAGACGCUCACUCUUCAGCUUGGUGACACUAAGGAACUUGUUAGAGCAACGGGAGCACAAGAAAAGAUCGAACAAUCAUUUGUGUGCUCGAACCUUAAGGUUGUCAACAUUGAAUGUACAAAGGUUGAUGAGGGAGUUGACAAGAUUUUGAAGAUCUUGAGUACAUGUGGCAUACUUCGUGAUCAAAUUAGCAUCACGGAGCAAUGGCCUUACUCAGACCGUUUCAGUUUCCAGAAGCCUUUGCCGCCGCUUCCAUCUACUGCAGCAUUAGUUGCAGUUUCCACCAGCGACGACAUCUGA